AUGCUUUUGAAAGCCCUAUUAGUAUCAGCACUUUUAUGUGCACUGGUCUCAACUGCUAAUGCUCACAUGGCAGCUUGGUCCAAGGGCAUGUACUGUAUGAAGGGACGCGGAGGUGAAAACAACAUGAACAACAACCUACCUGUAAACCCUAUGAUUGACCUGACUCAGAAGGACUGGUGGUUUCAACAUUAUCAAGGCUGUGAUAAAGAACCGCCACCAGUGGGCGACUAUCUUGAACUACCGGCAGGGGGCUCAUUCACUGUUGAAAUUGCUACUAAUCGUGCUUUCACAACUUUUGGUCACAAUAAAAAAUUCAAUGGAUAUUUUGGUGGUCCACAAGAACUCGAAUAUACACCUUGGGGUUGUGUUUCCUAUCCUAAUUUGCAUACACCAAAUCAAACUUUAGCACCGGGAACAGUUUUUGCUAUCUCCUAUCAGAAUAGCAUCGAUAAAGUUACACCGGAAAAUUUGGUUGUCUUCACUGUAAGAUACAAAACACCGUGGCAAAGAGUAACGUCGUACGAUGUGCCAAAUGAUUUACCUCCCUGUCCCCCAGGUGGUUGUACAUGUGCAUGGGGAUGGAUCCCUAUGGGUUGUGGACAACCGAACAUGUAUAUGCAAGGUCAUAAAUGUAUAGUCACCGGCUCAACUUCCACAAAAAAGCUUGCUGUAGCUAAACCUCCAGUUUAUUGUGAAAAUGAUCGUUCGAAAUGCGUAAAAGGAGCAAAACAAAUGAUCUUCUAUUUUCAAAAAGAUGGUAAUAAUGUUUUCAAUGUUCCAAAAAUGCCAACAGAUCUCAUUAUUGAUUAUCGUGAUGUUAAAUUAAAUUUAAAAUUACUUAAUAAAUAUUUUGAAGUAAAUGCACUCGAUGAGAUACUUGUACGUCGUCGACAUGAAUUUAAAACACGUACAGAACAUUUACAAAAACGUAAAGAAGCGUUAUAUGAAAGAGAAAUUAUGUUUAAAGAAAGAAUAAUUGGUUAUGAAAUGUAUAUUAAAGAACUAUCAAUGAAACGUGAUCGAUCAUUGCGUCGAAUUGAUGAUGAAAAAAAUUUAAUUAAAAAUAAACAAAUUGAAAUUAAUUUACUUAAUCAAGAAAUUCAACAAAUACAAGAUGAAAAUAAAAGAUUAGAAAAUAUUAUUCUUCAAUAUCAACCUCAUUUAAAUCUUCUCACACAAAUUGUAGAUCAAACUGAUCGAUUUCAAUCAAUUGAUGAAAUGAUUGAAAAAUUUGAUAUGCUUUAUGCUAGUUAUCAAGAUAUACUUACGACUAUUAAAAAUUCUAAUGAAGAACUAAAUGAUGUACAACGACAAUUAGUAUUAACUAUAGAAAAAAAAAAUAAUAAAUUAUCUUUAAUGAACAAUCGUAUACGAGAAUUACAACAAAAUUUUAUUGAUAUUCAACAACAUAUUGAUAAAAUUCAAACUGAAAUUAAUAAUUAUCAACAAACAUCAAUAGAACAUUUAACAGAAAUUAGUACGAUUAAAAUUGCCAUUGAAUCCAUGUUUGAUUUGGUAAAAAGAUAUAGUCAUCGUUGUAGAAAAAAAGAUUUAAAUCUUGAUAAAUAUUCAUAUAUGAAUGAUAAUCAACGUUUAUUUAUUAAAUUAAAACAAAUUGAUACAUUUCUUAGUGAUUUAAUUUAUUAUGUAGAUUAUGUUCAUAACAAACAAAAUAAAAUUUCAUCAAAUAAACAUUCAAUUAAUAAUGAUAAUUUAAAAAUUACAAAAAAAAUUAAUUUAAAUCUAAUCACAGACAGUACUAAUGAUACUAAUCAAUGGCGUGGUCCAUGUCAGAUAGAUCGACAACAAACAUUGAUUGCAACAAUUGAUAAACAUCCACAACAACCAUAUAUAUCAUAUAAAGUUCGAGGUGAAGAUGAUAUAUUAUAUACAAUUCAAAUGAUUAAUAUUGAUAAAUCAAAUAUUUCUCAACCACAUCAUAGUGUAUCACCAAAUAGAUCAUCAAUAUCAACGAUAUCAAAUAAUAAAGGAAGAAAAAGUAGUACAUUUCGAACAUCUAUAUCAAAGUUACGAAGAAGAAGUAUUGAUAUACAAUUACGAUCAUUAACAACUCAAAGUCCACGUACUAGUUUCAAAUUAACUAAUGAACAAUAUAAUAAUGAAAAAAUACCUUUUUCAGAAUCGGAUUUUAUUCAUUGA